UUUUUGUACACUUACUUGUCUUACUUACUUACACUACUAACUACACUGACUACAGACUACACUACUACUUGCCAGUUGCCACUCGACUAAUGAGCAAUGAUUACUUUAUCUUUAUUAGUACAGUACGAAUACUAGUAAUACUACGUUUUGUUUUAUCGUCGUUGUCAAUAAGACGGAACGGACGAAGACAGUGCGAAGACGAAGACAUAGUGACUGUGGAGUGGAAAGGAAAUAACAAAUUAAGUUUACUAGCCUAACUUACUAUGCAAAUUUAUCUACUUAGCUAUAAUCAUUACAUUAUAGGCUAGUUAUUGUGAUUUGUAAAACAGAGAUUAGUUUACUUUUAAGAGGUUAUGUUUCGAAAGUAUAGUACAGUAUUAACAUUUACAGUUUAGGACUAACUUAGUAUAGAUCCAGUUUUAGCUUAGCUGGAUUAACCUAUACAUCUAGGACAGGCCUAGGCUAUUCAUUUGUUUUUUUUUUAAUGGAUUUUGCUCAUUUAAUUUUAGACGUGGGUUGAGUUUCUAAGUUACUAAGUUAUCAGUCUUUCUCUGUACAUGUAAAGUACGUACCGGUACUUGUUCUUGUUUAAUUAUAAAUGAGUUAGGCCUAACCCAAAUAGACCUUCAUCAUAAGCCGGACCAAGAAAUGAAGAAAUCAAGUUUGAAGAAAUUGUCACUUUCACUAAAGAACGGUGGUGUCAAGCAACAAAAAAUAUCAACUUUUUUUGUUUCAUCGAAAUCCCCCACUUUAAAAAAAGAAGAAGAAACAGAGUUUGUUUUUGGAAAAGAAAUAUCUGACGGUAAGGCCCAUGGCAGAUCCUCGGGUGAAAAUCUCUGUCCCCAAUGUCUUCACAAAUCUUCUCCCAGCUCCAAUAUUUGCAGUCAAUGCAACACAAAUGAAGAUUCUUCGUCAAAAGUAAAACACCGUUUAUUGGAGUGUGAUUCUUCCAACGAAUUUUCUUCUAAAUCAAGUGAUUGUAAAUCAAAAGUUGUUGUAGAUAGCCCUGAGGUUAUAUGCCCUACACCACCAAUAAAAAAUAAGCAACAAAAACACAAUAUAAAACCUGUCAAGCGAAAAUGCAGUUUUGAUGUCAAAAUACAAUCAAAUAAGAAACCAUCUUUAAACCAGAGCAAUUUUGAUAAUGAUCUUACAUGCCAUCAACAAAAUAAUCCCGACGAAAAUAUUUUAAAAGAAAAUGUUAUCAGUGUACAAAAGAGUGAUGUUGUAGGUGAAAACCCUUCAAAAUUGUUUUCUAAACUUUACACUAAUGAAGAUUCUUCACGUAAACCUCCUAAAUGUAUCAAUGAUGUGAAAAAAGAUAAGAAAAAGACAGAAAAAAUUAAUGAAUCAAACAUAACUCAUAACAGCAUUCACAGCAAGAUUGAAAAUACAUCAAAUGAGUUUAUAGUUGUUAACAGUAAAAAUACUACAAACUAUAAUUUGGGGACGGAUUGUAAUACGUCUGAACCAUCUAGAAGUUUGAAAAACAAAACUGCAACCAAUGUCAAAGACGUUUUUAUUAGUAAGAAAACAACUGCAACAAAUUUAAAAGACGUAAUCAAUAAUGAAAAUGAAAUUGCAACAAAUGCCAAAGAAAUCAGCAAUAAUGUAAAUAAAAUUGAAAACUCGUUUGAUGGUGCCAGAAGUGUUGAACAAUUACUUGGGGAAAAAAGUCUCCAUCCCUUAUUUGAUUCUCAAGCAUUAUUUAGCACCAUACCUUUUAAUAAUGUCAAUUUUGAAGAAUAUAAGCACGCUCAGGUGACAGACAAUAAUAGUCUUAUUGAAGACGAUAUUGAAAACUUGUUUUAUGAUUCUACAUUCUUUGAAUCUACUUUCAAAGAACCUUUGAGACUUGACAGCAACACCAGGUGUAGGGUGGUUUCAGUAGAACACCUGAAGGCAUGUGGGGAACUUGUGUUGGCCCUCACCUCUGGUGAUACUAAAGAUACUGCGACUUGCGUCUUGCGAGGAUCUUGGGCCAAGAUGAGUAUAUCCCCAGGAGACACAGUGAAUGUGUCAGCUAGGUCACUUCAGGACCAGGAGGGUUGCUGGGUGAUAGACAAUGAGGGAGGGAUGGUAGUCAUCCACCCCGACACUCUACUGUCCGGCACUACUGUAGUGGGCUCCUUGUUCUGCAUGAGGAGGUCUGUACUCGGCGACAUGUACCGAGGGAUUGAUUCUGAUUCUUCCAUCAUGGUUAUCGGUAGCUUUCUACAUCAUUUGCUCCAGGAGGUAUUAAAAAGGAAAGUGAAAACUCUGAAGGACAUAGAACGAGUGUUAGAGGAGUUCACCAAGACUCCUUAUUUCAUUUCCAAUCUAUACUCUUCUAGUAUGUCACUGGAGAAGACUGUAGAGACACUUAGAGAGUUUGUGCCAAAGAUCCAGGGUUUCAUUCAGAAAUAUAUGUCACCAAAAAGUAAAGUUUCAACUAGCUGGAAUGAAGGAGAUUCAUGGAAUGGAUCCAUUCAAGAUGUAGCUGAUAUUGAAGAAAACAUCUGGUCUCCCAGUCUUGGUUUGAAAGGGAAAAUUGACGUCACUGUAAAGACAUCAUCAAGAAACUACAAAGAAAAAGUGAUGCCUCUGGAGUUAAAGACAGGAAGGGCUUCAUUCUCAGCUGAACACCGAGGUCAAGUUAUUUUAUACACAAUGAUGAUGUCUGAGCUGGGUAAAACUGUGGAUACUGGACUGCUGCUCUACCUCAGGGAAGGUGUGAUGAAGGAGGUGCCGGUGGGAUCUGUGGAGCGCAGAGACCUGAUGUUGUUACGCAAUGAGCUGGUGUGUCAUUUGAAGGCCAGUCAUAAAGUUGUGGUCGCUAGUAACAACCAGAUCACAGCACCUACCCUGCCUCCUCCCAUACAUCAUCACUCUGCAUGCUCCAAGUGUCCAUACCUCACACUCUGCACUGCUGCUCUCAGAGUGAGCGAAUGCAGUGAACUGUCAGAGAAGAAUCCGUUGAGGCAGUUGUCUGAGAGCAGUACAAGCCACUUGAGUAUGGAACACAUCAUGUUUGUGUUCCACUGGACGGGAUUGCUGAGGCUAGAACACACUGAUAGUCUGCUCAACAGUCCGACUUUGCAUCACAUUUGGACUGUGCCACCAGCAGACAGAGCCAAGAAAGGAACUUGUCUACCCAGAGUGAAGCUAGUAGAGCAGGUUGUUGAGGUGGUGGCUGGCAGUUAUCAACAUGUGUUCCACAAUGACAGCAACACAACUGCGAGUUUCUCCCAAGGUGAAUACAUGAUAGUCAGUUCUGCCAGUAGACCUGCCGUAGCCGCUGGUCCUAUAACUCACCUCUCACAGUCCCGGCUCACUCUCAUGCUGGAAAGAGAUCUCAGCACACACCAAGUGACUGACAAUGUGUGGUGUCUAGACAAAUAUGAGUCUCAAUCUGGCCUUGUGUUCAACAUGACCAAUUUGGGCUGUCUUCUGGACUGCACAGAACAGGCUGAGAGGCUACGUAGAGCAGUGAUAGACCUAACAUUGCCGGACUUCAGCCCCAAACUGUCAUCUCGAGUGCUCAAGGCUAGCGUGGACCUGUUGAGCGACCUCAACGAUCAACAGCGCAAGGCGAUAUUCAGGGCACUGGCUGCUGAUCACUAUAUCCUCAUAAAGGGAAUGCCUGGCACGGGCAAGACAGCAACCAUAGUGGCUCUGGUACAGCUAGCAGUGAGAUUGGGUCGCAGUGUUCUCAUUACGUCACACACACACUCAGCUGUAGACAACGUGUUGCUGAGGCUACUAGGCAAGGUAGACUUCCUCAGGCUAGGUGCUGCACACAAACUUCACCCACAGUUGGCACAGUAUGGUGAAACCAACCAAGCAUUUGCUUCUCCUGAGGAAUUGUACACGUUUUAUUGUUCCAAGAAUGUAGUUGGUGUGACUUGUCUGGGCUCUGCGCACCCUCUGUUGGCCAGACGCAAGUUUGAUCUGUGUAUUGUAGAUGAAGCUACUCAGGUACUUCUACCCACUGUGCUGAGACCUUUGUAUUCUGCUCACAAGUUUAUCUUGAUUGGAGAUCCCAAUCAGCUCCCUCCGCUGGUUAGAAGCUCAAAAGCCAAAGACUUUGGCCUUGGAGAGAGCUUAUUUGCUCGCCUAGACCGACUGGCAGUGACGACUGAGCUAUGUCUGCAGUAUCGCAUGAACCAAACAAUCACAGACUUGGCCAACUGUCUCACAUACAGUGGUAAACUCAAGUGCGGGAAUACACAAGUGGCUGCUGCUACAAUCUCUCUCCCUCCAUCAGCAUUGGUGGGAGAGUCAGAUUGGGUCAAAGCUACAUUGGGUCAAUCCUUGUCGGAGGCGGUGGUUGUGGUGGACACAGGAGUGUGUGAAGCUAUAGGCUUUGUCAAUAAAAGAGAGGCUGAUAUUGUGUUGAAGUUAUUGGCCACAGUAACCAAGGGGUUGUCAGGUGACAAGGUUGGUGUGAUUGCACCAUAUCGGGCUCAGGUUGACUAUCUUGCCCAACGAGUCAAGUCUAGUAAUAGCACUGUGGAGGUUAACACAGUGGAUCAGUACCAGGGAAGAGACAAGGACAUUAUCCUGUUCUCAUGUACUCGCUCUACUAAACCUGGGGAAUCUGACAUCCUUGGUGACAAGAAUCGACUCACUGUUGCCGUUACUCGAGCUCGACACAAACUCAUCAUUGUUGGAAAUUUCAAGUUGUUACGAGGAUAUCCCACGUUCAACCAGUUAUUCGAUUUCUUACCCCAGACAUGUAUUGUACCGGUGUCUGACAAGUUUUAAUUAUAAUUUGUAAAUAGAAUGUAAAUAUUUUUCUACUCUA